AGCAGGCUUGACGGGCAGUCGGCAGGGCGGGCCCCUUCUGGAAGGUUCUGCGGCAGGGUAUAAGAGACAGGGUGGCAGCCGGAAACCGGUCUCAUUGAACACAGGGGAGCUGUGCUGCUUUAGGUCUUUGCGGGCCGUGCGCGUACCAAGCAACCAUGUCUAAGGGACCUGCAGUUGGUAUUGAUCUUGGCACCACCUAUUCCUGUGUGGGUGUCUUCCAGCAUGGAAAAGUGGAAAUAAUUGCCAAUGAUCAGGGAAACCGAACCACCCCAAGUUAUGUCGCCUUUACCGAUACCGAACGAUUGAUCGGUGAUGCUGCAAAGAAUCAGGUCGCAAUGAAUCCCACCAACACAGUGUUUGAUGCCAAACGCUUGAUUGGAAGAAGAUUCGAUGAUGCUGUUGUGCAAUCUGAUAUGAAGCAUUGGCCUUUCAUGGUCGUGAAUGAUGCUGGCAGGCCCAAGGUCCAAGUAGAAUACAAGGGAGAGACAAAAAGCUUCUAUCCAGAAGAGGUGUCAUCUAUGGUUUUGACAAAGAUGAAGGAAAUCGCGGAAGCCUACCUUGGAAAGACUGUUACCAAUGCUGUUGUCACAGUACCUGCUUAUUUCAAUGAUUCUCAGCGUCAGGCUACUAAAGAUGCUGGAACUAUUGCUGGUCUCAAUGUACUUAGAAUCAUCAAUGAGCCAACUGCUGCCGCUAUUGCUUAUGGCUUAGACAAGAAGGUUGGAGCUGAAAGAAAUGUGCUGAUCUUUGACUUGGGAGGUGGCACCUUCGAUGUGUCAAUUCUCACAAUUGAAGAUGGAAUCUUUGAGGUCAAAUCUACAGCUGGUGACACUCACUUAGGUGGAGAAGACUUUGACAACCGAAUGGUCAACCAUUUCAUUGCAGAGUUCAAGCGCAAGCACAAGAAGGACAUCAGUGAGAAUAAGAGAGCUGUUCGUCGCCUUCGUACUGCUUGUGAACGAGCUAAGCGCACUCUCUCUUCCAGCACCCAGGCCAGUAUUGAGAUUGAUUCACUCUAUGAAGGAAUCGACUUCUAUACCUCAAUCACCCGUGCCCGAUUUGAAGAAUUGAAUGCUGACCUUUUCCGUGGCACCCUGGACCCCGUAGAGAAAGCUCUUCGGGAUGCCAAGCUUGACAAGUCCCAGAUCCAUGAUAUUGUCCUGGUGGGGGGUUCUACCCGUAUCCCCAAGAUUCAGAAACUCCUGCAGGAUUUCUUCAAUGGAAAGGAGCUGAAUAAAAGCAUCAACCCUGAUGAGGCUGUUGCUUAUGGUGCAGCUGUCCAGGCAGCCAUCCUCUCUGGAGACAAAUCUGAAAAUGUUCAAGAUUUGCUGCUGUUGGACGUCACUCCUCUUUCCCUUGGCAUCGAGACCGCGGGCGGGGUCAUGACUGUCCUCAUCAAACGCAACACCACCAUUCCCACCAAGCAGACGCAGACUUUCACCACCUACUCAGACAACCAGCCCGGGGUACUCAUCCAGGUUUAUGAAGGUGAGCGCGCCAUGACCAAGGAUAACAAUCUGCUUGGCAAGUUUGAACUCACAGGCAUCCCUCCUGCACCUCGUGGUGUUCCUCAGAUUGAAGUCACUUUUGACAUUGAUGCCAAUGGCAUCCUUAACGUCUCUGCUGUGGAUAAGAGUACAGGAAAAGAGAACAAGAUCACCAUCACUAACGACAAAGGUCGUCUGAGCAAGGAAGACAUUGAGCGCAUGGUCCAGGAAGCUGAGAAGUACAAAGCUGAAGACGAGAAACAGCGGGACAAGGUGUCUUCCAAGAAUUCACUUGAAUCCUAUGCAUUCAACAUGAAAGCAACUGUUGAAGAUGAAAAACUUCAAGGCAAGAUCAAUGAUGAGGACAAACAGAAAAUCCUUGACAAGUGCAAUGAAAUCAUCAACUGGCUUGAUAAGAACCAGACCGCAGAAAAGGAAGAAUUUGAACAUCAGCAGAAAGAGCUGGAAAAAGUCUGCAAUCCAAUCAUCACCAAGCUGUACCAGAGUGCAGGUGGCAUGCCAGGAGGAAUGCCUGGGGGCUUCCCUGGGGGUGGAGCCCCUCCAUCUGGGGGUGCCUCCUCUGGGCCCACCAUUGAAGAGGUUGAUUAAGCCAACCCUCUUGCAUUGAUUUAGCAUUGUUCCACAUAAAAUAUUGAAGGACCCAAAUUUGUAGCAAAUUCCAUGGCAGUUUUAAAAGUUGAGCUGCUGUAUAAUAAAACAGCAUUCUUGAUACUUGAACAUGGACUAUGUGCACAGGGAAAUAAUGCACUUUAUAAGCACUGUAUUGUAAAGUGGAAAAUGCGAUGUCUUAAAUAAACUAUUUAAAUUGGCACCA